AUGCCAACAUCUCUUUUCCAUAGCCACAAGACUUCGUUUCUCCUACAGAACAUUUUUGGUAAAUGGAGCUCAAGGCUGUUAGCGAUUGCAUUUCUCACUUCUGGGCAGAGCUUGAACAUUGCCGGAACUUAUGUUGGACAAUACGUAACAGCAAAAGGAAUCUCUGGAUUUAACCUUGAGCAAGAGGAGGAAAAAGAAGAGAGUGUGGACUUUGGUGAUGUGAGUGAAGUUAAGAACAGAGAAGAAUGUGAUGAACAGUCUGAGACUCAGAGAGAAUAA